UCAGAUUAUGUAAAGUGUUCAUCUAUUUUGAAAUGGAUGAAGAAAAUUUUUUUAAAGAAUCGUCCAAUGCAAUCAAGCAAGAAUCAGGUGAGGAAAUAAAACCAGAUAUUAUAUCUAACUUUUCAAGUUUUGUGGACAUAAAACCACAAGUACCAACACUUUCCAUUUUGAAGCUUGAGAAACCAGAAUAUUCAAACGUACAACAAAAUGAUUCACCAGAUUCAACAGCUCAUAUUGAAAAUAUUUCACUCUUGAUUUAUAAGGAUUUGAAAGAACUGAAGUGUUUAAAUGCAAAACUUGUAGAUCAUUUAUCUUUUGAUGAACAGUUGAUGUUUCGACAAAACAAGAUUUACAAAUGUGAUAUGUGUAAUGAACAGUUUGUGAGCUUAGAAUACCUUACACAGCAUAUAAAACUCCACACAGGACAGAUGCAAGCUGCAUCAGCAUUAACACUAUUUAAUAACAGUAUUUAUGGAUGCAAACAGUUUGCAUGUGAUGCUUAUGAAAAAAAAUGUUUUUGUAAAUCCAAGCAUUAUGCAUCCAAACAGAAAAAGAUCCAUUCUCAAGGCAAACAUGAAUGUGAUGUUUGUCAUAGAAUGUUCAAUAAGAAGCCUUACUUAGUAAAACAUAGAAAAGUUCAUUCCGAAGAUAAACAUGAAUGUGAUGUUUGUCAUAAAAAGUUUGUAUAUAAGUUUAAUUUAAAAAGUCAUGCAAAAAUUCACUUUGAGGAUAAACAUGAAUGUGAUGUUUGUCAUAAAAUGUUUAAUCAGAUAUCUCACCUAGUUAGACAUAAAAAAGUUCAUUCAGAAGAUAAACAUGAAUGUGAUGUUUGUCAUAAAAAGUAUGUACAUAUGAAUGAUUUAAAAAGACAUACGAAAAUUCACAUUGAAGAUAAACAUGAAUGUGAUGUUUGUCAUAAAAAGUUUAAUCAAAUAUCUCAUCUAGUAAGACAUCUAAAAGUUCAUUCCAAAGAUAAAUAUGAAUGUGAUGUUUGUCAUAAAAAGUAUGUACAUAAGUUUCAUUUAAAAAGUCAUGCGAAAAUUCACUUUGAAGAUAAACAUGAAUGUGAUGUUUGUCAUAAAAAAUAUCAACAUAAGUGUAAUUUAAAAAGACAUACAAAAAUUCAUCUUGAAGCUAAACAUGAAUGUGAUGUUUGUCAUAAAAAGUUUAAUCAAAUAUCUCACCUAGUAAGACAUAGAAAAGUUCAUUCUGAAGAUAAAUAUGAAUGUGAUGUUUGUCAUAAAAAGUAUGUACAUAAGUUUCAUUUAAAAAGUCAUGCAAAAAUUCACUUUGAAGAUAAACAUGAAUGUAAUGUUUGUCAUAAAAAGUAUGUACAUAUGUGUAGUUUAAAAAGACAUACAAGAAUUCACUUUGUAGAUAAACAUAAAUGUGAUAUUUGUCAUAAAAUGUUUAAUGGGAUAUCACACCUAGUAAGACAUAAAAAAGUUCAUUCCGAAGAUAAACAUGAAUGUGAUGUUUGUCAUAAAAAGUAUGUACAUAAGUGUAGUUUAAAAAGUCAUGCAAAGAUUCACUUUGACAUGUUUGACAUGAAAAGUAUUUACAUCAGUGUAAUUUUAAAAGACUAUAAAAAUCCACUUUUCAGAUGAUCAUGAAUGUGAUGUUUGUUGUAAAGUUUGUUCAGAAGUAUUAUUUAGUAAGACAGAAAAUUUCAUUCUGAAGAUAAAUAUGAUGUUUGUCUUAAAAAGUAUGUACUUAAGUAUAAUUUAAAACAUACAGGAAUUUACUUUGAAAAUAAAAAAUAGAUGUGAUGUUUGUGAAAAAAUAUAAAUCAGAAGUCUUAUUUAGUAAGACAUAGAAAAGUCAAUUCUAGAGAUUAACUUGAAUGUGAUUUUGUCAUAACAUCUGUAUUCUAUGUCUUUUCAAAUAGCCAAAGUAAAUUUCUUUCCAAAUGAAAGUAAAAAAAUAUAUUUUGUAAAAAACAGUAUCUUAAUAAGAAUUGUGUGUCAUAGAACACUAGUGUUAUGGAACUAAGCACUAAUUUUUUCUUUAAAAAAAUGUUUUUAAAAUAAUUCAAAAUGCUUCACUAUAUAUUCACUAGAAAUGUAAAAGUAAGUGUUUUUACUGGAGAGACCAACCGCAAAAUGGCUUUUUUUACAAGUAUUUUUAUCGCGGAGCAUAUUUGCUCUAUAAGUAUAACAGAUGAUUUUUGCAAUAGAUAAUGACUCGUAUAGGAUUUAUUUAAUCAAAAAAAAUUUUUUUAUUUAGAAAAGUUUUAAAUACAAAUAGCUUACAUUAUUUACCCUCAAAAAUAUGGUCAGCUCCUAGUUUAUGUUCCUAUUUCAGGUUCUACAUAUUUUGACUUAGAUUUUUAAGUUUUAUCUGCCUAAAAUAAACAUUCUGUCUGAUGCAGGACUAAUAGCUUGUAUCCUGUGUUUAUACUGUUUUAUGUGUUUAUACCACAAUCUGUAGCAAGUUCAUGCAAGUGGACAUUAAUUAAUGAUGUUGCACAUGCCUAGGAACAGUGGCAUCAUUAGGUAGGGUGUCACCUGGUGCUUUAAGUGAGGGUGUCA